AGCCUCCUGAAUCCUGGGUGUGUUGCAGGCAGUAGAGCCCGUAGACAGGGGGAGAAAACACCAGCAACAUCGCAACGUGAGUCCAGCUGUGCCUGUCAACUGUCAUCUUGCCUGGAAACUUCUUCCCAUUGCACCAUCGGGCGCGCUGAGAAUGGGAAACUACCCGAGCUAGUUCCCCGAAGAGGACCUUCAUUCACUGGGGCGGACUGCCAAAAACUGCCAGGUGUGAUCCCUCGCCCAAUCAAUCAAGCAAGCAAUCAGUCAGUCAGUCAGGCUGUCACAUCAUUGACAUCCAGGCCAGGGAGGGGAUCCAGGACCUCUGUGGAGAUGCAGACUUUCCUAAAAGGCCGGAGAGUCGGAUACUGGCUCAGUGAAAAGAAGAUGAAGAAGCUGAAUUUUCAUGCUUUUGCAGAUUUGUGCAGGAAAAGAGGGAUAGAAGUGAUUCAGUUGGACCUCAGCCAGCCUCUGGAGGAGCAGGGUCCCUUGGACGUCAUCAUCCACAAACUGACCGACCUCAUCCUGGAGGCUGACCAGAAUGAUUCCCAGGCUGUGCUGCUGGUUCAAAGAGUGCAGGACUACAUCGAUGCCCACCCUGAGACCAUCAUCCUGGACCCCCUUCCGGCUAUCAGGACUCUGCUGGACCGUUGCAAGUCUUACCAGCUCAUCCACAGGAUAGAAAGCUGUAUGCAAGAUGAGAGGAUUCGAUCUCCUCCCUUCAUGGUACUCAACUCCGAGUGCAGCCCGGAUGUACUGGAGCAGAUCAGGAAACACGGACUCACAUUCCCAUUCAUUUGCAAAACUCGUGUGGCUCACGGAACCAACUCCCACGAGAUGGCCAUUAUCUUCAGCGAGGAGGACCUAAAGGACGUCAAGCCUCCCUGUGUCAUCCAGAGCUUCAUCAACCACAACGCUGUGCUCUACAAGGUGUUUGUGGUGGGUGACUCCUACACGGUGGUGGAGAGGCCGUCCCUCAAGAACUUCCCCGCCGGACCUGCAGACAGGAAAGCCAUUUUCUUCAACAGCCACAACGUUUCCAAGCCGGAGUCAUCCUCUGACUUGACUUCGAGGGACAACGUAGAGGGCGUGUCUCAGCCUCCCAGCGACGACGUCAUCCGAGAAUUGUCCAGGUCCUUGCGACAAGCGCUGGGCGUGUCCUUGUUUGGCAUCGACGUCAUCAUCAAUAACCAAACGGGCCAACAUGCUGUCAUUGACGUCAACGCCUUCCCGGGUUACGAGGGCGUGCCCGGGUUCUUCAACGACCUGCUCAACCACAUCAGCGGCGUCCUCCAGAGUCACAGCUCCCACGACUUGAGCGCCCCCGGGCCCGCCUCCACGUCAGCACCGGCGUGUUGUUGCUGCGGCGGCAAUAAUGGCGGCGGCGGCCCCUGGAUCGUGGAAGGGGACGCGGCAGGACUGAAGGGCCAGCGUCAGAGACUGGGCUGCAACUCGCCGAUGUCGCCCAAUUUCCAACAGCACUGCGUGUCCACGAUAGCCACCAAGGCUUCCUCCCAGUGACUCCCCAUGAGAAAAAAAAACACAUAACAAUGAAUAAUAAUCAUAAUAAUUAUGAUGUUCAUGGUAAUAUAUCUAAUCAGAAGCUUUUCCUUUGUAGUUUUUUGUUUUGCAAAUGAUGGUGAUUGGGUGUAAAGCUUUCUUUUCUCUCAUGGCCUUUUUUUGUAUUGUUGGUUGUGUCUAAUGAGACUUUAACUGUAAUGUGAACCUGAUUUGUAUUUGCUGCAGUUCAGCCCAGGGAGCAAAUGGCUUAGAAUUGCCGCCGGAUCAGAUGUGCAAUGUAUGAUCGAUCCUUUUGUUUGGAUGCGUGUGUUCAAACUGACUCCUGCACAAAGCGUAGGGGUUAAGUUUGAAAGAGACAAGCUGUUUGCGAGUGUCGUCAUUUUGACUUUAGACAGCUGAAAAGAAAAAAACAACUCCGUGUGACCAACAGGAAGACACAUUCCGUCUGUUUUUUUUUGUUUCCGCCACUCGGACGAUUCCAUUAUGAGAUUUCUCACCGCUUAUUUUGUCCUCGUGUUUUCUGCUAGCUAACUACUCUCCUGUGGAUUCAAUCGACUCUAUUUUUGUUAAUAAGAUCAUUUAUUUCACUUUUUAAUUAUUUUUUUUACACAAUACCCAAUGAUUUACGACUCGAUGUUCCAAACAUUACCCUCACUUGAAUGGAAUCGUCUGCUGCUGAAACGGACUUAACUCGACUCACUAAAAAAUAAAAAUAGAUGCGACUUUAAUGAAUUAGAAUUAGAAAUUAAAGUCACCCCUCAUGUGGGAAAUUUGAUUUGUUUUUUAAUAUAUUUUUUGUUUUACUAAGAGCGAUUUAUUUUGCUGAGAUUUUAUUGGGGGAGAAAAAUGUUUUAUAUAAAAUGUCGGCAUGUGAACAAGUUAUAUUUACUAGAAGAAAAAAAUAUGGAGAACAAAUGUGUUAAAAGGGACAAAUGUGUGCAAAACUGCCAAAUCUUAUUUUGAGUGGGGUGGGGUCAGGGGGUGGGGGGUUCUUAUUAUAAAGCCUGCUUCUUCAUUUAUUAGUGGGGACCAUCUCACCAGCAUCAUUUAGGGGAAUCAACCAUGUUGUGUUCAAUGUCACGUUAAUAACGUGAUAAAUUGGUGAAUCUGUGCACCCCGGCCUGUUUCCACGCCUCCAAAUGUUUACUCCUUGGGUGUCGUGUACAGUACGUGUAUUAUACGCCUAAGCUUACAACCGUACAGUGCCGUUGUUUGGUAUGCAUUGUUGUCAUUCAAAAAAGGAAUCCACAGCUUUUUUUUUUUUUUUUAAAUCAAACAGUCAACCGACCAGAGACUGAAAUAAAUGAGUGAAAAUGUG